AUGUCUUCACAAUUCAUAAAGGAAUCUUUAAAAUCAAAGAUAGUGCACGAUGAAACGAAUUAUUUUGAGAAUAGGAAAUUACUGCAACAAUCAGCUCAACAUUUGGCUGGGAAUUUGGAAAAGUAUGAUAUAGAUACACUUCUAGUUAUAUUUUUAUUGUCUAUAGACAUUUCCAAGGAUUACAGAUGUGACUUGCUUAAUACUAAGCUAAUUGAAAUGUUGAUUGCUAGAUCUAAAGAAUCUUUUGACUUUAAUACUCGAUUUGGAAUGGAGCCAUCCCCUUAUAUAUUUAAGUAUCUUUCUAAUGAUAAGGUUGAUAAUAUUAAGGCUGAAGGAGUUCAUCUUAUCUAUAUGUUUGGUUCUUUUCAUCAUUUUCAACUGGAGGAGUUGCUUAAGCAGCAUUUUGACUUUUUUUCUGUGUCCAUAAACUCCUACCUCAUAAAAUAUUCAAUUGAACAGUUGCUAUUGCUUGCUGAACAUAUAACACAACUUCAUAAGUUUGAUAGAUGCUCAGUACUUUUUCAAAAGUGUAUCGCAGCAAUUUGUGAUUUGGUAGAACAGGGUGGGACUAAUCUACCAACAACUCAGUAUACCAAGAUAUUAAAGCAACUUGGCCAUUUUGGGGGGAAGAAUUCAUUCCUUACAAAAAGGCUCAAUAAUCUUAUUUCAUCUUCUAUUAGUAAUGAUUCUUCAACAAACUUUGGAGAACUUCAUCUAUCUACUAUGAUUGAAGAAAGAUAUAAAAUUGCUAAAAAUCAUUUGGACCUUUUACAUACCUUUUUGCUAACAGGGUUGUUUGAGAAUGGGACUAUAAUUGAAUCUCUUUUGACUUCAAUAAUGAAAUUUUGUUUGUUUUAUUUCCAAUCAACAUCAAAAAUCUGCAGAACAAAUCCUAUUGAUGAUAUCCCAUACAAUUAUAAUAUUGAAUCAAAGUUUUCAUCAAUACUAUAUGCUAAGUAUCCAAACAAGGUGUUAAGAUCUCAACCAAUGGAGUUUAACGACAAAAGGGUGCCAGAAGACUCGAAUGAUCGUUUUUUAAUGAUAGAGGCCGCACUAUCACGCUUACUAUUUAGCAACGAAAUGUCAUUUUGUAGGAAACUUAAGCACUGUGAAAUCUAUAUCAGAACUUUUUAUCCUUCAAUUUACAGGAACAUCAGUGGUGAUUUACAGAAAUUUAUGACUUCUAUAUCACUGCAUAAGUAUAAGGACACGGGUUUCUACUCACAUUACGAUCACAAUUUAUAUAAUUAUCUGAGAAAAUUGGAUUAUAAACCCUGUAGAUUGAUUGUUGAUAAUAUAUUUCCUAUUAAUUGCUUGGACCACAAACGCAAAUUGUUUAUAGAGAUUCUUGAAAAGUGCGACAUUUAUCACGAAAAGAUGUUAGAUUUCAAGCUAAAAUAUCUCUGUUCACUUGGUUGGAAUUCAGUAAUAAUAAAUCAUAGUGAUUGGAUAGAUUUACCGGAAGAAUCACGCAUAAGACUCUUACGGGAGAAAAUUAAUUCUAUUUCCACGUAA